AUGUCUGUCUUCCGUAUUGGGACUGCACACGACCUAUGCCGCCGCGCCGCGCUCGGGAGAUGGGCGCUUGGCCUUGGACAGGGUAGGCGCGCGAUGAGCGUGCGUCCGGCUGCGAAUGCCUUUGACCACACUCAACCGCCGCGGAAGAAGGUCACCAUCCGACACUUGCAGCAGCUGCAUGCAGCGGGCACGCCAAUCAGUAUGCUCACGGCGUACGACUAUCCUACGGCACUCGCGCUCGAUGCACAAGGAGUGGACGUAACACUCGUCGGCGACUCGCUCGCACAAGUCUGCUUGGGCUAUAGCAGUACGACCCAGCUUACGCUCGACGAGAUGCUGCACCACUGCCGAGCCGUUGCACGCGGGACAACUCAUCCUCUGCUCAUGGUCGACAUGCCUUUUGGCAGCUAUCAUACGGGGCUGGACGAUGCGGCACGCGCCGCGGUGAGGUUGAUGCAGGAAGGAAGAGCCGAAGCUGUCAAGAUUGAGGGCGGAGCGGAGAUCGUGCCUAUCGUCGAGCGCCUCACGCAGAUCGGCGUGCCCGUUAUGGCGCACAUCGGUUUGAUGCCUCAACGGCAUGUCGCGCUCUCUGGAUACAGAGUGCAGGGACAGACAGGACAAAGCGCUUUGAAUCUAUACAGAGACGCCCUUCGUCUGCAGGAAGCCGGCGCGUUCUCCUUCUUGAUUGAAGCAGUGCCGGCUAAACUGGGCGAAUUCCUCACGGAAAAGCUGAGGGUCCCGACCGUCGGCAUCGGCGCUGGGAGAGGGACGAGUGGGCAGGUGUUGGUCUGGGACGACGCGAUGGGUCGAUGGUCGGGCAAGAAGGCCAAGUUCGUCAGGCGGUUUGCCGAAGUUGGAAGGGAAGAAGCCCGCGGUGUUCGAGCCUACGUCGCUGCUGUCAGGGGAGGGAGCUUUCCGGACAAUGAGACUGAAGGUUACGGGAUACAGCCUACGGAGUGGGCGCACUUUCUGGACUUGGUACAAGAGAAGGGAUGGAAGAGCGCGAGCGAACGGGCGAUGGACUCGGGGGAGUUGGAUGACCUGCCUGAUGUGGUAGAAGCGGCCAAGGCGACUGCAUGA